AUGAUGAACACCGCCGUGUUACUCAAAGCUCUGCUUGUCACAGCUACCACUGUGUCUGCUAUCGCUCCUUUGACGGUGUACACCCAGAACAAUUUCUGCGACGCUGGGUCUGCUACGCCUGCUUUUACAUGGGACACCUUCACAGAAAAUGAAUGCUAUUCAUUCAACUCCAGCUUCUUGUCUCUUCAGACUGGUACCAUUGCUGAAGGCUGCAGUGCAACUUUCUACCGCAACAACCUCGACUGCACUGGUGCUUCUUAUGUGAUUGACGACGCUGACAGUGAUAAUUGCUUUGGCCUUGGAGGAGACGUCAUAAAAUCCUUCAAGUUCUUUGCUUGCGGCUCACAAUAG